CUGCUGAAUCGAUCGAUUGAUCGGAGAAAGCGAUACAUAAAAACUAUGACGCAACCGCAAAAGUGAUCACCGAUACGAUAAUCAUACUGAUGUUCGUAAUAUCCGAUUGUGGACGGAUUCAUAAAGUCCCCAUUAGUACGAGUCAAAGAGACACGCGUCAUGCUGAAAGCGCAAACUGUCGCGGCGUUUUACCGAAUGCUUUACAGAAGAAAACUAUUGAAAAAACGAGCAAUAUCGCACAAAAAGCCGCGCAGGAAGCGAAGGCCGCGUCUGAAGCGCAGAACAUCGCUGGUCAGCAAGCAGCGCGUCAAGUGAAGGCUCAACUGGCGGAGAAGGCGGUUCAAGCUGCGAAAGCCGCCGAGGCCGCCUUAUCGGACAAGGAAACGAUGGUCGAACAGCUGCGAGAGGAAGUGAAGGAGGCACGAUCGGUUGUUCGAGAAGAAGCGUCUUCCCUGGAACAAGCGCAGGUUAACAUCAACGCCGCGGUCCAAGCGGCACGGCAGUCACAAGAUCAGCUCAAGACAUUGACGAAUGCAGUACGUACAGCCAAAUCGAAUGCGGCGAACGCGCAAGCAGUCGCCAACGGGGCACAGAAAUCGCUGCGAGAAAAAGAGGAAUUACUGGAAGCGGCCAAGAGGCGAGUGGACGAGUUAUCAAAUCAAUUACUAAGUGCUCGACAGGAUCUUGCAAACACGAAUCGCGCAGCGGCCAAAGCCAAUGCUGCUGCACAUGAGGCGAAGGCGAAUGCUGCUAGGAAUAAAAGAAGACUAGCACAUCUCAGAAAGAUGCGUGCGACGCGACUGGGUGUAGCACGAACUUCCUCUUAAGACACACACACACACUUGUCACAAUUCUCACCAAAUUAUGUCAAAUUAUGUUACUAGCGAGAUUAGCAAAUUCGUCGUACGUUCUUAAAAAUAAUAACAUUAAUAAUAACAACAAUUAUUACAACAAUUACACAAUUAUACAACAUAUGAUAUUGCCAACAAUGUUAAUAUAAGGGUGAUCCGAUUAAUUUCUCUCCUUUGUUCUUUAUUUCAUAUUCUUGAUCAAUAUUUACCGUAUAUAUUUUUGCAGUGUAAAUUCCAUUAAUACAUGAUCGUAAUCGUGAUUCACGCGACAUAGCAAAUGUAAAUAUCAUGAUAUUUUUAGUCAGCGCUGCAGAAAUUUGCACAUAAUUUGCAGGAAGAAGAACUGACCUUAUGCACGGAAACAAAUACAUCUUGAUUUAAAAUACAAUAUUUUUCUCCAUUUAUAUUUGUAAUUAAUUAAUAAUUUCGGAAAACGUACAUUUAUGAUGAUGUUACAAAUACUAAAUGAAACAAAAAUAAUAAAAUCAUUGUCGAAGAAAGUUACAAUUGUCUCUCGAUGAGAAAAGAUGAGUCAAAUUUUUUAUUAUUUUUCUUAAUAAUUUUUAACGUAACAUUGUAUACGCGCUGACAUUUACAUUGAAAUCGUGAUAUACAUAUAUAUUCAGUUCACCAAGUGAAGCGAGCGUCACGCUUCGGUUAUCGCUUGCCUUUCUAGAACGCCGCAAAUGCAUCUCGUCCGCACCUUUGUCCAUAUGUUGCAAUAUCACAAACGCAAUAGAAUUGCGUACUCGUUAUCUAAUUUUAAAAAAAGCGCAAAAAAACUAUUUGAAUUAUCGAUGCUCGUACUUUGAACGAUAAUAACGAGUC